AUGAGUAUCCAUGUCUUUUGCGAUGCUUCGGAAAAGGCCUAUGGUGCCGCAUUAUACAUUUGUUUCAUUGAGCUUAACGAAACAAACGUUCGCCUAGUUUGCAGUCGCAAUAGACUUUCUCCACUUAAAAAGGUGACACUUCCACGGUUAGAACUUUUGGCAGCCUUACUAGGAGCUCGUUUACUUCACUAUUUUUGCAAAGAAACUGGUUUAGAAAAUCAAACAUCAACACUUUGGAGUGAUUCAACUGUUGUAUUAAGUUGGAUAAGAAAUGAUACUAAUCGAUGGAAAACAUUCGUAUGUAACCGAGUAACUGAAAUUCUUCAAUACACUUUUCCAUCGCAGUGGCGACAUUGCCCAGGCACACAGAACCCAGCAGAUCAUCUCUCCCGUGGUGUAUUCCCAGCAGAAUUACCAUAUCUAGAAACUUUGUGGAACGGCCCAAGUUGGUUAGCACAAAUUUCAGGCACCUGGCCAGUUCAAAACAUUUUGACAAAUGAAGAAAAAUUAUUAAUGGAUAUAGAAGCUCGUCAAGUAAAGAACCAAACAUCGACUAUCCAAACUUUAAUCGAUAUAUCCCGCUUCAGUUCAUACACAAAACUUUUGAGAAUUACAGCGUGGAUUUAUCGUUUUCUGAACAACUGUAAAUCUCGACAACAUUUUACUUCAGAAUUGACAACUGAUGAACUGAAUAAGGCAAGAAACUAUUGGAUUUCAGUUGUACAGAAACAGAGUUUUUCUGUAGAAAUCAACGCACUAGAGCAUAAUCGUUCCUUACCUAAAUCCUCAAAAAUUUCUCGGUUUCACCCAUUUCUAAAAGAUAACAUUUUACGACUUGGUGGUAGGCUGCAAUUCGCACGAAUAUCAGUUGAACAAAGACACCCAAUACUACUUGAAGGAUCUCAUUAA